AUGAUUUUAAUUGAGUUGCUAUGUGACGAAUUAUAUUAGGGUAGAAAUAAUAAAUCACUUUGUCCUGAUUUAAGGAUAAUGGCCUUGAAAAUGAAUAGAUAAGGAAUCGUAAGAUCACUUAUUGACAAAGUAAAUGAUAACAUUAAAAACAGUUCAAAUUUUUUGAGUUGGUUUAGAUAUAUAUUGAAUUUUUAAUGCGGAUAAACAAUUAGAGUUUAAGGAAUGAUAAAUGAAAAAUUAAUGCCCAAAGUAAUGACUACUUAUUAUAUGGAGGAACCGCAGCGAUAUUAAAUAAAAUAAUAAAACCAACUUUAUUGAUAUUAGCCACCAAAACAAAUGAUGAUGAAAUUGGCGGCUAAGAUCAUAUUAACAAUGGCAUCCAUGGUUCGAGGAUGUUUCAAAUGAGGGUACAGAAAAUUAAAUUCUUUAGCUGCAGUUGAAGAAAGAAGAUUUAAGAAAUCAGAAGAACUGUGAUAGGAGGUCGUGAGGU